AUGUAUCCCUUCGGCAACCAACAGUAUGGCACUGGAUAUCCGCAGGCCACCGGUUACAACAACUGGUCCUCCCAGCAACAGCCGACCGGGGCUCCGCAGCAGCAGCAGCAGCAAUACAUGCAGCCGUCGCUGCAAACACAGCCCACAGGCUUUGGCUUCCAGUCCCAGGCCACUGGGUGGAAUCAACAACCACAACAGUGGAACAGCCGAUUCCAGCCCCAGCAGCAGCAGCAGACCCAGCAGAGCUGGCAGUUCCAGCAGCCUCAGCAGCAGUCGCAGCAACAGCCCCAGCAGCAGUCCUACCAGAGACAGGAUUUCCAGCAGGGCUAUCAAGGCGGACUCCAGCCGAUGGCCGCCCAGUCCACGGGGUACCAACCGUCGUUGGCGACACAGCAGACAGGGUUUCAGCCAUUGACUGCCACCCAGACCGGGUUCCAGCCACAGACAUCCUUUGGAGGCAGCCAGCCGAUACAAAACAACUGGCAGUCGCAAACUGGCGUGUCUGCUUUGCAGCCUCAGCAAACCGGUUUCACUUCUUCGUUGGUGACGAGCUCGGAAAAUGAGAACAAGGAUAUCAAGAUUCCAAACAUCAGGCUCUCGUUCAUCACCGCAAAGGAGCAGGAGCGGUUUGAGCAUGUGUUCCGGGCGAACGUCCCCAAGGGAGAAAACUCUAUCGACGGCCAGACUGCAAAGAAAAUCAUGAUGCAGUCUGGUCUCAGUGCCACGAAGCUGUCAAAUAUAUGGACAUUGGCCGACACGACCCGCUCUGGAAGACUGCUCUUCCCCGAGUUUGCUUUGGCGCUCCACCUGUGCAAUAUUGCUGCCAAGGGAGAGGAGGUGCCAUACGAGCUGCCGCUGAAAAUUAAAAACGAGGUCAGCAGCUUUGUGGAUGCAAUAAACUUUUCCGUCAACGAUUCGGCCCCUCAGCAGUCGUUCAACCAGAUGCUUUUCAGCCAGCCAACAGGCGUCCAGUCGUUCCCGCAGACCAGCUUUCAGUCGCAACCGUUGCAGGCUCAGGCCACAGGUCUCAGGCCGCAGCAGACAGGCUUCGGUGUCCAGGCUGGUGCCCAGCCGCAACAGGCUCAGGGAGCGUUUGGCCUACAGCCGCAGAGAACCGGCUUUGCACAGCAGCAGACCGGCCUGCAGCCCCAACGCACCGGGUUCAACUUGCAGCCGCAGCAAACUGGGUUUAACUUACAGCGCCAGCAGACGGGCUUUGGCGUGCAACCACAGCAGACUGGAGCACCCCUCCAGGCCCAGAAAACGGGCACUUUUAUCCCAUUGACUGCGCAGCAGACCAGCGGACUCGUGCCAGUUGGUUCGCAGAGUACAGCAGGACUCGUGCCUCAAGCAACGGGCCUGGGGCCGCAGAGAACAGGCGGCUUUGCUCCUUUGCAAACGGGCCUGCUAUCGCAAAAUACCGGAUUCAAUCCUCAACAGACAGGACUCAUGCCGCAGCCUACUGGCCUGACUGCCAUGCCUACAGGAAAACCUGGCCAGUGGGGCUUUGUCUCUGCGCCAACCGGGGGACUACCCGGCUUGGACAUGAUGCAAUCACACUUUAUGCCUAAUGCUUCCUCACAGACUCAUCAUUUGACGAACGCGAUGGGCGGAAAUGCUGCCUCCAACGUCACGUGGGCAAUCACUAAGCAGGAGAAGCUCAUCUACGACAAUAUCUUCAAGAAGUGGGACACUGAGCGAAAGGGCUAUGUCGAGGGAAACACGGCAAUCACUGUUUUUGGAAAGUCCGGCUUGAAUAGACAGGAGUUGGAGAAAAUCUGGACGCUUGCUGACUCGGGCAACAGAGGCAAGCUGAACAAAGACGAGUUCGCGGUAGCUAUGCAUCUGAUCUACAGGCGUUUGAACGGCUUUGAGAUUCCAGAUGUCCUGCCUCCUGAACUUGUUCCUCCUUCGUCAAAACUACUGCUUGAGAGCAUGAAUCAGAUCAAGGGCAAGCUUCUGGAAGACUCGAUAUCGAGCAGGCCUAAGCCUAUUACUUCGUCAAGCACUUUCGACGGUACUAGGUACAAGAACAACGAUGAUGCCGUCGGUUAUGUUAGCAACGCAAGGCAUAGAAGUUCAAAGAAGAAACCAGACGAAAAGACAGACAACCAAUUGACUAUCGAGGACCUGAGAAAGCAAGUGCACGAGAAAAAGAUUUUGCUUGAUGCAAUUGACGCUGCUGACGAGGAUGUUGCCAACGACUACGGCAAACAGAAAACCUCUAAUGAAAUCGAAAUGCUCAAGGUGAAAAUUAGAGCAGCGCAGGACAAGCUGAAUGCGGCAGGGCUGGACGCCGGUUCUGCCAUUCAGGAAAAACAGAAGCUGUCUAAAGAGUUGAACAGAUUGACCGACAAGGUUCCUAAGCUCGUUUCUGAGCUCGACUCGAUUGAUGAGCAGAUCAAGAAUGCCAAAAUUGAAAUCGCCAGACUGAAAAUCCACAAGGAGAAUCCUUCUGGUAUCCAGAUCAAGGGAACGGGCCGCAACGGCGAAGUCACCGAGGCAGACAAGCGCAUUGCCAAGCAGAAAGCAAUGCUACAAGCCAAAAUGGCGGCCCUGACAGGAAAGCCUGCUCCAAACCUCGACCAAUUUGAGGCUAACGAGGCCAGGCUUUCUCAGGACAUAAACCGUAUUUCGAACGAAACUCAGCAACAGCAAACCAUGAUCAAGGACAUUGCUGGCUCGAUCAACGAGCUGGUAAACGACAUAUCUAGCUCGCUGCGCCUGACAAACUCUGCUCAGGUCGGCUAUUCAAAAUGGGAGCUCGGCAACGACAUUCAGAGCAACGAUGUGAAGGCGUUUAUCCAAGAGCUGAAUGCUUCAAAGCCAGUGCCGAAACCAAGAGAGCCUCAGCAGCCAGCCGUGCGCGCCCCUUCUGUCGCGCCAGCCAGACAGGAGCCUAGUUCUCGCUCGUCCACCCCAUCUCAGUCUACGGACAGCCUUGAGUAUCGGGCUCAGCAGUUCAAAGAGCAGGCCCGUCGCAAGAUGGAGGAAAAGCUGGCAAAGCUCGGCAUUAAGGGCUCGCUGAAGAGAAGUGACACGUCUGCGCAGAACUCUGCUUCUGGGGCUGCAGCUGCACCUGCGCCGUCGGAAGCUCCUGUUGAAGCGAAACAGGAAACCUCAGCUGAACCAGCAAAACCAAGUGCUCCUAAGCAAGCACCAGCUCCGCCGGCUCCACGCCAGGUGUCUAAUUCUCACCCAGCAAAGGAGGACGACUCGUCAGAUGACGACGACGCUGAAGAGCAGGAAUUGAAGAGGCUUAUUGCUGAGAAGAAGGCAAUGGAGGCCAAAGAGCGCGAGAGAAAGUUGAAAAAGAAGCAGGAUAGAGAAGCUCGUCUGGCAAAGCUGAGAGCAGAAAUGGAGGAGCUCAAGAAAAGAGAAGCACACAGUGAGAGCAGCGACGAUGACGUGUUGGCCGGUCCACAGGCCGAUCAGAAAGAUGUUCCUCCGCCGGCUGCUGCAGAGCCAGCAAAGGCUUCGGAGCCUGUGUCUGCAGCUUCUGUGCCCUCGGCCCACAGCAACAACCCAUUCUCGAAAAUGACUGCUCCUGUGGAAGAGCCAAAGCCAAAGAGCCAUAAUCCAUUUUUCCGCCCACAGCUGACCACAGAAUCCAGCUAUGAUGCCGAUAGACUCAAGGCCCAGAGAGAGGCGCAAAGAGGUAAAAGCUUGAGCGAUGACGGAUGGUCUGACUCGGAAAAGGAGGACGAGGACGAAAGCGAAAUGCCUGCUGCCUCGAAACAGGCCGAGCUCGCCUCGAUGCUUUUUGGCGGAGGUAUCAAGUCCUCGACGUCGACCGUGAACGAAUACUCCACGCCGCAGCCAGAGCAGCAGAAGCCAGAGCAGCAGAAGCCUGUUGAACAAACAGAAGUUGAAGAGAACUCUUCUCCAGCAACGGCCGAACCCGUCGCGGAAACAGAUGCUUCUGCCCCUGCAGCCCCGCCGGUGGGUGAGCCAAUUCUUGCAGAAACUCCUCCUAUCCCGGCUGCUCCACCUAUUCCCGCUGCUCCGCCAAUUCCUCAGACCCCGGAUUCCUCUCCUGAAUCAGACAGCUCCGAAGACGAAAACUUUGAGGAGGCUCCGGCUGCUCCAGAUUCUCCUGACGAUUCUCAAGCUACAGAGGCCCCACCCGUGCCUUCUGCUCCUGCUCCGCCAGCUCCGGUGGAUGCUCCACCGAUCCCGGCUGCUAUUCCUCCACCGCCACCGCCGGCUCCUGCUCCCCCAGCGCCUAUGCCACCAGCUCCCCCAGCCCCUGCCCAGGCCAACGGCGCAGCAAACGGAGCGGUCAGCGGAGCAGCCCCCAUUUCAGCGCUGCUCGGAGAAAUCACCCUCGGCAAACAGCUUCGCAAGGUGGACGACUCUCAGAAACACAUUGUCGAAGGAGGCACUGUUGGAAAAGUACUAGACUGA